GGUAAAAGCAUACCUACUGUGCCUUUUGGAAAUGAUAAAAACACACCUACAAGAAGUCACAGUGCAUAUGAUAAUAAAAAAGAGCCAACAGUAAUAAAACCUGUAAACAAAAAUAUGAACAAUGUAAUGAUACAAGCACCAUUGAACAUAGUUGUGAAAAUAGAUACGAUGAUGAAAGGAUUGAUAGAGAUGUUGAUGGAAGCUGGGUUUGACAGCAAUAGUGUGAACCAUAAAAAUGGUAUAAUAAGUAUAUACAAAAUGGAUAGUUAUGAAGAGUUAUCAGUUAGCCAAAGUAAGGGUGAUAAUGCUAUCCAAAUAAAGUACAAAGAAAUUAGCCACCUACUUGCGUUGAAUGACAAAACAUUUUCAACGAUCAAACCCAAGGUAAUGCCUUGUGAUAAUGUUGCUGGAAAGGAUAGGGACGUAAAUUCCAAAAUGAUGGUUUCCAAUGUUGAGUAUGAUGGAAUGUAUG